GAAAAGUCGACACGCAUUAUUUUGUUUUGAUAAGUUUUAACGCAGUAACGCUAUCGUAUCCACGUGUGUGAGAAUAUUGAAAUAAAUAAUAAUAAAACACCAUGAUUGAGCCAAGAAACAAAAUAGAAUAUUUAGUGGCUGAUACUACCGCCUUUAUCAACGCAGUACAGCUAAAUGACUAUGCCCAAAACGUUUUAACAGUUCCCGAUGUUAUUAAAGAAGUGCGCAAUAAACGUCAAAUUCGAAGGUUGUGUGUAUUACCAUUUGAUUUACAAAUACGCGAGCCUCGUACAGAAAGCAUAAAACACUGUGUAGAGUUCGCUAAAAAGACUGGUGACUAUGCUAGUCUCUCCGGCAUUGACAUUAAAGUCAUCUCCUUAACAUAUGAGCUGGAGAUAGAUAAUGUAGGCUUCGAGCACUUACGUACGGAGCCUGUGAUGUCAAAAACAAUAGCGUCUAAAGAGAAACCCGAGGAGUUCCAAGAUAACUCUAAAUUAGCUGGUUGGUUUAACCCAGAAGGUGAUGAUGAUUCAAGAAGCACAGAUGUUAGUGAAAAUGAGGACGAUAUAAUUGCCGACUCUUCGAACGAAAAUAAUGAUCAAGCGAUUGACGUUGUUAAAAAUGCAAUUGAACAACAAAUAUCGAACAAACAUGAAAAAGAUUAUACUUAUGAAGAUGAAAUAACUCAAGAGGAAUUAGAUAAACUGUUUGAAAAAUUAAAAUGCAGUGAGGAUGAUAGUGAGGCUAGCGAUAUACUUGUGCCACAAAAAAGAAAUGUCAGAGGUACACAUCCAGAUAACAGUGAUGACGAUGACAAACCAGACGAAGAACAAGUCGAUGAUGGUGCUGAUAAUGAUGGAGGCUGGAUUACACCAGCAAACAUUAAAAAGGUGAAAAAAUCACUAGAAGGUAAAGUGGAGUCGGAUGUAGUGCCCGUAGUUGCAUGUAUGUCAACGGAUUAUGCAAUUCAGAAUACUUUAAAGCAAAUGAAUUUGCAAAUUUGUGCAUUGGAUGGACGAGCAAUUAAACACCUACGCACUUAUAUACUACGUUGUUACGCUUGUUUUAAAACCACAAGCAUUAUGACAAAAGUUUUUUGUCCGAAUUGUGGCAAUAAAACUUUGAAAAGAGUCGCUGUUAGCUUAGAUGAGAAUGGCAAGCAGGUUAUUCAUAUAAAUACACGUAGACCUCUAACUACCAAAUACAAAAACCAAAGCUUACCAAGAUUCCAGGGGGGGAAGCAUUCGCGUAAUCCAAUACUAUUUGAGGACCAACCUAUACCGAGGCAGAUGCCAUCGCGUGUUGCAAAAACGAAAACCAAUGCUUUAGAAGAAGACUACAUAGCUGGCAUGUCCCCGUUCGUUAUGCGGGAUAUUGACUCAAAGUCCGCUAUGUUACGUUCGAAGGGUAACCUCAAGGAAUGGGCUAGGAAUAAUACUUUUGAGGAAGAUCGACGUAGAAAGCAUUAUAACAGGGUAUAUAAAUAAAUGUGUGAUAAGGACAUAUAUAAAAUAAUUACAUUCUUUGAAUACAAUGCAAAUGAUAAUAUCAA